AAACUAUGCCGCCUCGUGAGGCAGCCUGCGAGCCUUGCAGGAAGUCCAAAUUGGCCUGUGAUCAUGUCCGACCAGUAUGCACUCGAUGCUUGGGCGCUAACAGGGCCGACGCUUGCGAGUAUCGAAUAUCUCCUUUCAAAAGAAGACGAACAGAUUUGGGUCCUUCGCCUAGGACGAACAUAUCACGUAAUGGAAGCNCAAACUCGAGAAUCCGAGCCACCACCAACAGCAGCAGCAACACCAACCAUUCGACCUUAUCCCAAUCCAGGUUUUCAAGGCUCGUUGAGUUCUGCAGCAAUUUUCAGUCAUAUUUCUCCUCGGCAUCAUGAACCGGGCACUGCUCAGCCGGAGCCUGACACUGUACCGGCUGGAGUGUCUGUGCCUGCGUUGCUUGACAACGAUGAUAUUGCUUGUAGACAAGGGACUUCGUUAAUAAAGCUGCUUCUUGAGGAGUACCCCUUGAGCACUCUAAAAGAUCUAGUUUCAUUCUGGCUCGCUAAAGGCAUCAGUCUCUCACAUGCUGAAUCGCUGCUAGAUUCGUGCAUCGAAAGCAUGGACGAAGCUCUAAACUCCGGACAGCCAACAGACUCCUGUAUGGAAUACUUGACUCGCAAUUCGCAAAGUCCAUUAUUAUACGGCCCCGAAACAAGUUUUGCUGCAUACGUGGCUCAAUUUUCUGGCCAGAAUGCUCGUCUGGAAACCUUAGGUAUUUUCCUAUCAGCCGUAGUCAGAGCUACGAACGACGUCCCAUUCUUCCCAACGCUAUACAAAACAGACGAAGAUAAGUUCAGGCUACGGAAGUUGGCUACUCGGCUGAGUGAUCACGCUUUGGAAGUCUGUCUAUCGCUCGACUGCUUGAACGACCUUCAGCUUGCUUUCCAAUACGAAAACUUCAUCGUGCAUACAUUCGUCGAUGGAGACCAGAGUUAUAGCUCGUGGCGAAGGCUCGGAGAUGUCAUCGCUUCGAUGCUUGCUCUUGGCUACCACGAGCGUGUCGAGACCCGAUCCAGGAUCCCGGACUUUUUGGUGGAACUACGGCAAAGUGCAUUCGCACGCAUAUACACUGAUGACAAGGAAGUCUCCAUCUUUCUUGGUCGACCACCUCGGCUGAGCCGGAGAUUUUGCCAUUUUCGAAUACCAAUCGCUCUGGACUCGUUCGAGGCUAAUGCGUCUGCUCCUGGAACUGAGGUUGUCGGACAAGCAAACGAAAUCAAGAUUGAUUACAGAGCGGGAUGCAGUUGGGCGGCCCUGUGCGCACUACUCAAAGAAGAGAUCUUAGAGUUGUUCAUCGAGAAGAAUCGCGAGCAUUGCGUACAACGAGCAAGUGUUAUCUGGGCAAAAGCGGAAGCACAAUGGAAACAACUACCCACACAUAUGCGCUACGAUGUUGGUUGCCUCAACGACUACAGGAGGAGCCCCUUCGAACGUGACUUCCUGAUUAGCGCUCGACUGGACCAUAUACACAUCAGGUUCUUGUUGCGAUUUAUUUUGAUCAAUAGUCUGGCCCAGCCAGAUGAUGAGAUGAUCCAAAUCGCGCAUGAGAUGCUGACUCUGGUCGUCCAAGCUGUUCUCGCUCGCGAUCGCCUUGCCAACUCCGGAAGCGGUCUUGUAUGGAAAGUCAUUCUUUACGGCUUGCCAGCUUCAGGCAUCAUAUUGCUCGCCAUCCUGGAGCAACGCAAUCCUUACCACUUCGGCGGCCUAUCACGUGCGAAAGUUUUACAGAACCUACGAAUCCUCGUGGCCGAGAUUCAAAUCGGCGCAUUAUCACACCCAAGAGAGCCGAACUUUGCCUUGCUUACCAGAGCCGCGCAGACCAUUGAGAACUUCCUGGACUCUGAGGAGAGACAUGACCAUCAUCCGAAUGGUCAGAUCAACACUCAUCACGAUGCAGCUCCUGGACAGAUGGGACCUUGGGCUUCGAACCUGAAUUUGGAGGCUUGGGACUUUGAUCUCGGGUUCUGGGAGAACCUUGCUGAGCAUCCCUUCUUGUCGAACCUCGAGUUCCCGGCAUGA